AUGACUACAACAGAGGCAACAACAACCACAAUUGAACCAACCAAAAACACAUUUGUGCCAACUACUUCAACCACAAAUAAACCAAUUACUACUACAGAGGCAACAACAAUUGAACCAACAACAAACACAAUUGAGGCAACAACAACCACAAGUGAACCAACAACAACCACAAUUGUGCCAACUACUUCAACCACAAAUGAUCAAACAACUACAACUGAUGCAACAACAACCACAAAUGAUCCAACAACUUCAACCACAAAUGAACCAACGACUACAACACAGGCAACAACAACAAUUAAACCAACAACAACCACAAUUGAGGCAACAACAACCACAAUGGAGGCAACAACUUCAACCAGAAAUGAGCCAACAUCUUCAACCACAAAUGAUCCAACGACUACAACAGAGGCAACAACAGCAACAAUUGAACCAACAACAACCACAAGUGAGGAAACAACAACCACAAAUGAACCAACAACAACCACAAUUGAGCCAACAACUUCAACCACAAAUGAAACAACAACCACAAUUGAACCAACAAAAACCACAAUUGGGCCAACUACUUCAACCACAAAUGAACUAGCAACGACAACUGAAAAAUGA